GUAUUGAACGUCGCCAUCUACUCAGAAUUCAAGUGCUUAGUGGCAACCACGAAGCUGCACCAUGCUCAUCAAUGUCACUACAAGACAUGUUCUUCAAUCUUUACUUCAAAGCAACCCUCAUUUUCUCCUUUUUGGAUCAUAUUGCGAAAUGGGUUCUCUGUUUUCAUCUUCCUUCUUCCUCCUGCUUCUGCAAUUUUUUCUGAAUUUGACCCAUUGUUCAUCUCAUGAAGCGUUAGAGUUCAUAUCCGCCAUUGGAGACCCUGGAAUGAAGAACCCAAAUGUUAGAGUUGCUUUUGAGGCAUGGAACUUUUGUAAUGAAGUGGGAGCUGAAGCUCCUCAAAUGGGUAGCCCUCGAUUGGCUGAUUGUGCUGAUUUGCGCGCCCCGCUUGCUUCUGCAGAUAAACAAGAUUGUUUUGGUCAUGGAAGUGAUAGCAACUGUAUAGUACUCCACAAAGUAAACGAGUCAGAUAACAAACUUGGAGCUGGUGAAAAAUUCCCAUCAGAGCGUUUUAAGCCAUACGUCGAUCCAGAUUUGUACGUUGUGGAGAAGGAACGCUAUCUCGGUUCAUUAUGCGAGGUUCAUGAUUCAUCAAAUCCAUGGAGUUUCUGGAUGAUUAUGCUAAAAAAUGGAAAUUUUGACAAGAACUCGACUCUCUGCUCUGAAAAUGGUAAGAACGUUCGUAAAAUUAUAACCGAUCGAACGUUCCCGUGUUUCGGGGAAGGUUGUAUGAACCAGCCUCUUGUUUAUCAUAACUACUCGAGAUUAGUGUCGUUCGACAAACGAAUGGUUUCGUUAACAGGCGGUUUCUAUGGAACUUAUGAACUAGAUGCUGAUCUGAGUAAUGGUAUAGGGAAGAACUCUUACUUUUCAGUCUCUUGGCACAAGAAUGUUAGUUCAGGGAGCUGGAUAUUCUCGAACCGAUUAACGACGUCUUCGAAAUAUCCUUGGCUUAUGCUCUACCUUCGAUCCGAUGCCACCAUGGGUUUCAACGGUGGAUAUCACUACGACGGUCGGGGCAUUAUGAGAAAGUUGCCCGAGUCGCCGAAUUUCAAAGUGAGGUUAACGCUCGACGUUAAAAGUGGAGGCGGAAAAAAUAGCCAAUUCUAUCUCAUCGACAUAGGAAGUUGUUGGAAGAACAAUGGAGAUGCUUGCAAUGGCGACACUACGACCGACGUAACUCGAUACAGUGAAAUGAUUAUCAACCCGGAAACUACGAGCUGGUGCAGGCCGAGCAAUCUCGUGUCGUGUCCACCUUAUCAUGUUCGAGCUUCGGGUGAGAAGAUAUAUAGGAAUGAGACAUCAAGAUUUCCAUAUUCAGCUUAUCAUUUGUACUGCAGCCCUGGAAAUGGUAUGCAUUUGGAGAAACCAUAUGAUAUUUGUGAUCCAUAUAGCAACCCACAGGCUCAAGAGUUGAUACAAAUUCUACCACAUCCUGAAUGGGGUGUACAUGGCUAUCCAAUGAAGCAAGGAGAUGGAUGGAUUGGAGAUCCAAGAACUUGGGAGCUCGACGUCGGAGCUUUGUCGAACCGCUUAUACUUCUACCAGGAUCCGGGAACGAAGCCAGCAAGGCGGAUAUGGACGUCGAUCAAUGUCGGUACAGAAAUAUAUAUCAGUGAAGGAUCAACAGCAGAGUGGAGUGUAAGUGAUUUUGAUGUUAUUGUUCCACCAGAUGCUAGGGAUGCCAAUUGCUGCUCUUCUUCUCUUCUAAUGUAACAUAUCUAAUGUCAUCUUCCUCCAUUGAUAUCGUUUAAAACUACUUACCAUUUUCGGAGC